AUGUUUUAAUGAGAAAAAUACAUAUAAACCAGUACCAACACAAUAUAAAUUUAAGCCUUGGAUAAACUUCAGUCAUGCUGGUUGUUAUUGUUAGGCCUUCAUGCGAUACGGUUAUCAAAUUGGGAUAAAAAUUCAAAGUUCGGGUGACAUUUCUUUUCGAGUUUAUUCAAAACACGAAGAAAAAAGGGCGAGGGUGGUAUUGUGUAAACUGGAACCCAGCGAUUGUUUAACUCGUGUGCGUCAAACAGGUUGUGGCCAAAUAAGAUGUUUUUUCGAGUUGUGUUUUUGGUUGUGUUGUAUCCUAUGUUGUCUAAAAGUCAAUCAAGCAUGAAUACUGUGGUUGCUACAACAACAACGGGGAGUGUAGAAGGAGUGUCCACGUCUAUAAAUAACAUGUUUCUUCAAAGUUUCUAUGGAAUUCCUUAUGCUGAACCCCCAGAAAGAUUCAAGAAACCAACACCAGUAAAAUCUUGGGUAGGCACAAAAGACUGCACACAACCAGGAGGAAAAAUAUGCAGCCAAGCUAUAGUUCCAGAGUUAGCAGGCUUUCUUCCAAGUACAGAUGUCAGUGAAGACUGUCUUUUACUAGAUGUAUUCGUUCCGGUAUCAAAUACAAAAAUUAUCACCAAAAAAGCAGUAGUUAUAUGGUUUGCAGGAGACAACUUCGAGUUUGGCCAGAGAGGACUUCAACCAACGUCAGAUUUAGUUUUGUACGGUGACGUGAUUAACGUAGUUGUAGCGUUUCGAUUAGGUGUUUUUGGAUUCCUUUCAACUGGUGAUUCUUUUAUUCCUGGAAAUUUUGGAUUAUGGGAUCAGAAAAUGGCAAUAGAAUGGAUAAAAGCAAAUAUAAAUGCCUUUGGAGGCGAUUCUGAUCAAAUCACACUUGCAGGAUUCGGUGCCGGUGCAGUAUCUGCCACUCUACAAGCACAUCAUAAAUUAAAUGACGGAAAUUUUCAAAGACUUUUGAUUUAUUCCGAUGUUUCUCAUUUGUAUGGAAAUGUCGUUGGGGAAAACUUUGACUUCAUAAUGUCAAUUGCGAGAGCUUUAACAAGAGCUUUAUGUCCAAGCAAUUCAAAAUUUAGGUUGCAAUCUAAGGAAAUUUAUGACUGUUUAACUUCUAAAACUGAAGCAGAAUUAAUAAGUGAGACAAAAACAGCAGUGGAUACCGCGAAUGGGUUUUCUAAAUUGAAACUUGAAUUUGAUUUUCGACCAGUUUUUGAUAACGAUUUUAUUAAAGAUCUUUACUUUACAGAGAUCCUACCCGUUGAUCUAUUGACAACAGUAUCUGAAAACGAACAUGCACUUAAGGUUUACGAACAGCUAAUUCCUUAUCAAACACAAUACAAUUUUGACAUAACAAAGAACAUUCCGAAAUCCGUUCUUUGCGAUGUUGUUGUCCCAACCAUUGCUGAGUCUCAUUUGCCACCAGAAAAUAAACAGCAGAUGAUAAAUAACAUAUGCAAUCGAUACACCUCAAGUGACGUCACAGAACAAAGCCGUAAUGUUUUAAGAUUAAUUGGAGAUUUUUAUAAUUAUGUACCAAUUUCGGAGCUGAUGUACGAUCAUACCGACUAUAAUCUCGGUGAAAAUAAUUAUCUUUGCCUUUGGUCUCAAAAAUCGCCACUGGAUGAUAUACUCACAAGUUUGACCUGGAUGGACGGAACUGUCCAAAAUGACGCACUUGUAUAUUUACUAGCAAUUAAAUCUUAUCAAACGAUUGAUCCAGCUGCUAUUUCACAAGAACUUAUAGCAUUUGCAGAAUCCACUAUACAAAUGUACAGUAACUUCAUCAAAACAGGAAACCCAAAUUCUAACGCACAAAUAUGGCCACCAUACACUGCAGACGAUGAAGAAUAUAUCCAAAUGAAGCUACAGCCAACCACAGGUUCUUUUCUAUUCGAGGACAGGGUGUAUUACUGGCUUAAUGAAGAAUAUCUUUAUCUUUCACCGGUACCAACCGACUCAAUAGAACAACCACUACAAACAUUACAACCAGUAAAAACGACAGUACUAUCUAAAAAAACAACAGCAAAAACAGCGACAACAACACCAACAUCAACACCAUCAAAACAACUAUCAAAAACUACAAAACAACCACUUGUUCUUCCAAAAUUAGAUGUAGCAACCAUCGCACCGGACCCUGUGAAUGCAUCUGUUACAAUUAGAUUCAGUCUGGUAAAGGGUAUUCUGUUAAUAAUCCAGAUUGUUCUAUUAUAUAAAUCCUGAAUAAACCAUUUGUCUUUA